AUGGUAAAAGUGGAGAAGCAGCAGUGGACCUUCCGCAAAUUCACUUACAGUGGCGUGGAUCUUGAUCAACUGCUUGACAUGUCCUAUGAGCAACUAAUCCAGCUCUACAGUGCCAGGCAGCGGCCAAACCGCGCCCUUCAGGGAAAGCCGCACUCACUGCUACAGCGCCUGCGCAAAGCCAAGAAGCAAGCACCGCCCACGAGGGAGCCACCGGAAGUGAAGACACACCUGCAGAACGUGAUUAUCCUGCCAGAGAUGGUGGGCAGCAUGGUGGGCGUGUACAAUGGGAAGACCUUCAACCAGGUGGAAAUCAAGCCGGAGAUGAUUGGCCACUACCUGGGCGAGUUCUCCAUCACCUAUAAGCCGGUGAAGCAUGGUCGGCCUGGCAUUGGGGUCACCCACUCUUCCCGCUCCAUCCCUCUCAAGUAGUCAAUAAAAGCACAAACUGACUUAAA